CUUAAACCAGCUAAACGCGUCAUCCCGUCGUUCUACGAUACCUCCAUACAGUCUGUCUUUGACGUGCUGCAGCCGGAUGGGCUUAUCCCGAACCUUCUUCCCUUCCAGAAACGCAGUGUCGCAUGGAUGUUGUCGCGCGAGGGACGGAGAAUCGCUCCCGACAGGACUGUUGUGCCUGUCGGCGAGGUCUCUCAGGAGACCGGAUCCGUGGACGAGGAGAGGCUCCCCGUGUUUUGGCGGCGGCUCGAUAUCUCAGGCAGCCAGCUGUACGUCAACUUGCUUACUUAUGCGGUUCGCCAGAGCCCUCCGCGAGUGUAUGACGUAUUAGGCGGUAUUCUGGCUGAAGAGCCCGGUCUUGGCAAAACUGUCGAGUGCAUUUCGCUCAUGCUUUUGAACCCUGCUCCGCUGGAUCGCAACGGUCGUCAGUGGGACAAGGAGACGCAGUGCGAGGUGACCGAGAUCAAGACGACUCUCAUCGUCACUCCACCUGCUCUAGCACCUCAAUGGGCCGACGAACUUGCCUUGCACGCGCCCGGCCUCAAGGUCAUCAUCUACAACGGCUGGAACAAGCUCAAGAUCCCAAAGCCCAAGUCGACUGCUGCAUCACACGCCGAUCCAGAAGACGAUGUCGCGCAGCCGAACAAGUCCAGCAAGUUCAGCAGGGGAAAGUCCAAGUCCAAGAGCAAAACCUCCACCCCGGCUGCCGACGACACUACCUCCAAAGCUGCAUUGCUUGACGUGCCGGGGUACAUCAACCAAUUCGACGUCUGCAUCACAACGUACCCCAUCCUGCGACAGGAGCUCGCGGUCGCGCGGGCCCCGCCGAAGCGGCCCCGGCGGGCGGACGUGACGUACUCGAACGUGACGCGUCCGCGCAGCCCGCUGGUGGUGUGCGAGUGGUACAGGGUGAUCAUGGAUGAGGUGCAGAUGAUGGGCGGGGGCAAGUCGGAGGAGAUGGUAUCCCUGAUUCCGAGGCUGUCGUCGUUUGCGGUGUCGGGUACGCCCGCGAGGUCGACUGUUCAGGAUUUGAUCCAUGUUCUCAGGUUCCUUCGCGUCGAUGGUCUCAUCGGAUCCGAGAAGAUGUGGAACCGUCUUACGACUGGCGCGUACAAGGCGCAGUUCGCAGAGCUGUUCCAAAAAUAUGCAAUCAGAACUCUGAAGUCAUCCAUCACAGAGGAAUUGACCAUCCCUCAGCAGCACAGAUACCUUGUGAGCAUUGAGCUUGGCCGGGUCGAACGACACGUGUAUGAUCAUAGCCUCGAAGAAGCUCUCAUCGAACUUGGUCUCGAUGCUCGUGGUGUCGCGGCGUCAGCCGAGUGGGAGGCGAACGCAGCUCUUCUGCGGACUACGCUGAGGAAGCUUCGAGGAAUCUGUACACAUCCGCUGGUGGGCCAGCUGCAACAGCGACAAAAUAGGAUGUUCAAGUCAACGUUGAAGACUAUCGGCGACGUACUGGAGGCUAUGCGCGAACAGAACUGGCGUAAUACGCUAGAUGACCGAAAAGCGAAGAUCCAAGAGCUAACGCAUUACGCCGAGCUUCAGAAGCAUGAGCAAGUCAACGACCGAUACCGUCGCGCUCUAACCUCCCUCCUUGUAGCCGAGAGGGAAUCCCAAGCGCUCGUCGAUGACGUCCGCGCCGCUAUCCAGGAACACAAGGUCAAAGGGGAUGCGCUCAAGCGCGAGGUGCAGGUCCUACGCCAGUCACGCAAGGCUAACCGCGCAGUCGCCUCGGCGCAGAACAAUGACGCCGACGCCAUCGUUCACGAGGAUGGGAAUGGCGAGAGAGAGAAUGGGGGCGGCAAGGGUAAAGGCAAAGAACGCUACCGAUCUCCCUCGCCUUCAGACGGCGAAGACGACGACCUGGACCUCGAUAUCCUGGAUGGGAGCGGCGAUCCGGAGGAGCGCGGUCUCCCGCGAAACGUGGCGGGCGAGGAGCACCGUGCGAAGACCACGUCGCUCCAGGCACGACUGCGCGAGGCGCUGAUGGUCCUGCAUAGGACGAAGUUCUUGCAGGGUGAUGUGUAUCAUCUGCUUGGGGCUGAGCAUGCGGCGAAGGAGGACGCGGCGUAUGCGGGUGCUGAAGCUAUACGGAAGGACUUGCUUAAGACCACGGAGGAGAAUGCGGUGAAGAGUAUGACGCAGCUGCAGCCUGAUAUGACCGAACGGAAGAUCACGGAGCAAGCGAUGGGUAUUGAACUUCCCUUCCUUACGGGCGGCGGUAUCAAGUCUGCGCAUCUAGUCGAGGAAUGCAACGAAAUCAUCGAAGUCCCCCUGAAUGAGCAAACCCACCUUCUUUGGGUCUGGCGGCAGCACAUUCACGCCCUCAUCACCCAAAAGCUUUCCUCGAAUGGUGAACAGUCCGCCGACGGCGAGGAGUACAACCGCACGCUCGACACGCAAAGCGAGGCCGAAGUCUACCUGCAGGCAUACGCCGCCCUCCUUGCCGACCGGCGCGAGACCAUCCUUUCCGAACGUACAUUACUCGCCACGCACGACGUGCGUGAGAAGCACAAGCGGCACACCAAGGCUUCCGCCAUGGCAGCAUCUGCAGCGGAGGUCUCGGCGGAUCCGGUGCUGGAUAUGCCGGAGGACGUGGAGGUGCAGCCGCAGCACGAGAUUUUGCACAAGAAGCUCAUGGACGAGCGCAAGGAGCUACGCGGUGAAGCGGAAGGGAGGGCGAUCAAGUCGAUUAUGGUUGAGCUUGCGACUGUUGCCGCCAAUAUUGUGAGCGAUAAGGACCCGGAGAAGAUUAUUGCGAGGGAGUUGAGUGCGAAGCUGAGGGCAAUGAUUGCUAAGCAAGGUGGUUUCAUGGAUAAGAUGGACGCGGACCUCGCGCAGCUCCGCAAAGUUUUCAACGAUCGUAUUUUAUACUUCCGACAGCUACAGGAAAUAUCCGACACCGUUGCUGAAGCUGCAUGGGAGGGCAGCCUAGACGAGGCCUUGCAGGCAUCCUUCACGGAGCAAGCUAACCUGGAUGGGAAGAUCAACGCUGGCCGUGCAAGGCAGCGUUACUUGGAUAAUCUCGCUAAGAACCAGGAGGAUGGGCUCGAUGAGGAUGACAAGGCGUGCAUUCUGUGCCGAUGCGAGUUCAAUAGGGGCUUUAUUACUCAAUGCGCUCAUGUAUUCUGCGAGGACUGUAUGAAGGCAUGGAUGGAGAGGAGGGAGGGUAAGGCGUGCCCUGUGUGCCGCGUUCCCAUCAAUGUCGACCAGCUACAGCGAUUUUCGUUAGAAGGUAACAAUACCGUCCCUCAGAGGCCCGUCAUUAUCAACGGCGAGCCUGUCCCGAUCUCUCACCGGCAGAUCAAGUAUAACAUGAUCGACGUGGAUAUAUUGAACCGCAUUCAGGACGUUGAGAUGAAUGGGAGUUACGGAACCAAGAUUGAAACACUUAUCCGCCAUCUCCUGUACAUCCAGAUGCAAGAACCCGGUGCGAAGAGCGUGGUUUUCUCCGCAUGGUCAGACUCGUUGCACAUCGUUGAGCUCGCAUUGGAGCGGAACGGCAUCCCCUGCCUUCGCAUCGAUCAGGCUGGCAAAGGACGCGAUACGGCUGCGAAGCGUUUCCGUACUAAUCCUGAACUGCUGGUGUUGCUGCUCCACGGUGAACGUGAUAACGCCGGUCUCAAUGUCACCUGCGCCUCUCGCGUCUUCCUGCUGGAGAGUGUUGUGAACCACGGGUUUGAAGUUCAGGCCAUCGCUCGUAUAGACCGCAUGGGUCAGACCAGACCUACCGAAGUGUUCUGCUACUAUGCGGAAGACACGGUCGAACGGAACAUCCUCGAUCUAGCAGCCCGGCAGGGUCUCUCGCUGUACACGGAGGAAAACUCUCACGGUACCCUCAACGUCACCCCAUUUGCGGCGGACGGCAAUGAAAAGAAGGUCGACAAUCCGGGCAAGAAGAAGGCGCAGAAGGGCGACUUCAUCUCCAAGGUGGACGACAUGCUGGCGAUUUUGUUCCCUCACAUGUACGAGGACUUGGAGUACUUGCUCCCCGCAGGAGUGGUUGGGGCCCCCAUGGACGUUGAUGGAGACAUGGGUACCACAGUGGGGCGCCAUUCGUUGCAUGGUAGCUCCCAGGCGGGGCCAUCCCGGCUUGGAUGAUUGCAAUGGACACCAUCAAGGUUAUAUGGUUAUGGUACAGCUUCAUUAAUCUGUGUAAUCUCACGCGCUAUGUGCAAAAUUAAUUACCAGCGCCACCAGGCGCCUGUCCGCUUGUUUGCUUAGCGCACGUUGGAAACU